GAUGACAAAACAAAUAUUUUAACUUUGACAAUAGGUAGGUACUUAGGAAAGAAAAUGAGUGAAAAUAUUUUAGAGGAAGUGAUUAAUUAUGUGCCUGUUGUUGUGUCGAGCCUCGGAGAAAUAACAGACCUCGACGUGAGUUGUGAGUCUAUAAUUCUAAAGUUUUUAUCGGACCCAAAUAAAAUAGACUCCUCCGGCGUGGUACAAAUUCAAGCUGUUAUAGAUUAUAUGCAUGAACGAAUGAAUAUUGGCAACUGGCGAGAGGUACCUUUGUACAUAAGAAAAACCCUAACUAUUGCAACAUAUUUAAGGUUGUUAUCACAUGUUAAAUUAGCUACUGAUGUGGGUGAGGAAAUGUUAAAAGAAUACUUCAAAAUUGUAGACUUUGGACUUCUAUUUGGAGCUCCUCUUGAUAAAGAACCUAUGCUACUUCAGAAGUGUUCUGCCUGUGUUAGCUCACUCUACAAUAGUAAGCCAAUCAACACUCCCAUAGAUGUGAAUGAAAGAAAGGAACCUGAGUAUGAUUUUAAAAAAUUAAAUUAUAUAAGCUUAGAUGUCAUUAGCUGUCCUAGUAUGGAAUCCUUUUAUAGAGACUACAUCUUACCAGAUAAACCAGUCAUAUUAGACAAUUGCAUGAAACAUUGGCCAGCAUUACAAAAAUGGAAGGACCCCAAUUAUUUUAUCAAUGUUGCGGGACCAAGAACUGUUCCUAUAGAAAUAGGGAAACAGUACACUGAUAGUAAUUGGACUCAAAAGUUGGUGACUGUAGAAGAAUUUAUAAAUACAUACAUUUAUGAGAAAAUUGGUAUCGCUUACUUGGCACAAUACCAACUCUUCCAUCAUAUUCCAGAACUAAAAAGAGAUAUAAUUGAACCAGAAUACUGCUGUUUCUCCGAUUCUAAUGAACCAGUUGAUGUCAUGGCUUGGUUUGGACCUAAGGGCACAGUGUCACCCUUGCAUCAUGAUCAAAAGAAAAAUUUACUAUCUCAAGUUGUGGGCCAAAAAUUAAUAUUUCUUAUGUCACCUGAUGAUUCAAAAUUUUUAUACCCCCAUGAGAGUGAAUUAUUACAUAAUACAUCAAAAGUGGAUCCAAGAAAUCCAGAUUAUGAUACUUAUCCUGAGUUUAAGAAUGCAAAAACAUAUUAUUGUACUUUAAAAGAGGGCCAAAUGUUGUAUAUUCCACCCAAAUGGUGGCAUUUUGUUGAAUCUUUGUCAGUUAGUUUCUCUGUAAGUUUUUGGUGGAGUUGAUGAUUUUUUUUUCUUUCCCAUUGGAGUCCCCAUUUAUUUUUGUUUGUAAGAAACAUACAAAACUAUUGUUUGUAAUAGAAGUACUGUGUAAGUUUAUUAGAAGUAGCAGAAAUUACUUCUUUCGGUAAAUCUUCAUCAGAUCUCUUAAAGAGAUAAGUACGCCAAUGUUAUAUUGUCACUUUUAUAAAUAUGUCUUAAUUUUGUACAUAAAGAGAAUAAAUAAAAUAAAUAAAUAAAUCUGCAGGAGCUGGUCAUCUAGAUUCUAAAGUAAACUUUGGAAUGCAUUAUAUAAGUUACCCUAGUCGUAGCAUAUUACAAUAUUAAUUUAUU